ACUUAAUAAUAAUCAAUAUAUAAGAUUAAAAUAAUAUUAAUAAUUAACAAAAUAAAAUUUUUCGCUGAAAUUUUUAACCCUCUCGGAUGUGUAAUUUUCUUACAUCGUGAAGAGCGUAUUGCUUGGAGAACUGUGUGUGUGUGUACCACGAUGGCAGUGACUUGCAUGGGUGUAGUCUCGCAUGAGUUUCGGAUCCGGUAGGAUAUUCUCCUGGAUGGUAGGGUCACUCUUCUCGAAGAAGCAUUGCUUACCAAACUGCAACCUUGGCUUGAUGUAUGCGUAUUGAAUCAGCAUUAUCGGAAAUCGUUCUUCAGGUUGCGAGACGUAUAUAUAAAACGAUGACACGCUCAUGCAAACAGAGAUGAGGCAACACCGUUGAAAUUAUUUAGAGGGUGGGUAAAGAAAAUCGGCGAACGGUGCAAGUUGCACGUUUAUCUAACCGCCGAUACUUUUCACGCACGAGCGCUUAACGUCGAUCGUGAUACGCGAUACGCUCGAUAUAGCAUGAAGGGCCAUUAAGGUGAUGUUCACCUUGUGAAACGUGAAACACGACGCGCGAACGAACCAUGGCGUAAUGUAGCCUUGCUCUUCUUGAUCGAAAAGACCGAUGUCUCAGAUUCUUCAUUAAUGAUAAAUGUAGAAAUUAUAAAUUCGGAAGUUACGAAAAAAUGUUUUGAGUAUCUUAUACAAAUGAAUAAGAUUUUUCACGCAGAUUUAAUUUAAAAUCUGACUUUAUGAUCUUAUUUUCUGAUAACUAGAACUUUUUUCCAAUGCGUUUAUCUGUAACAAAAAUUAAAAGAAUCUCGGAAAUUGUAUAAAACAAAUUAAUUACUUCCUAUUUUACUAAAUAUAAGAAAUCUUUUUUUUAUGAAAUAGAAAGUAAGUCCAAAGGAAUCGUUUUGAAUUAUUUACAAUAUGGACAUAUGCGCUUAGUAGAACUUGUGGGAAAAAAUUUCAUAGCGUUAAUCUGCUACAUGGCGCUCUGUUACCGCGAUGCAUCCUCUUUGUGCACCGGCGAUUUGAUUGCACGUCAAUUCGCUGGAUGCACUCUAUGGAAUUACGGUACGGUACGGUACGGGCGCGCAUUCUCGUGCUGCCGGGCCAUCGCGAUGACAUUAUCCCUUCGCCGAGAGCACUCACAAUUUCUGCGGUCCGCAAUCCGGCGUCCGCCAAUCAACGCUUUCGCGCCGCCCGAUAAAUCGGAUGAGCCCGCCGCUGGGCGCUGCACCUAAUGAAUCAGAUUCGAUGCGAAGCCACCGGCAUUGUGUGAUCGAUUAUCCUACGUACGCGACGACACGAAUCUAGAACUUGGCGCUACCCCAAUGACAGGUUCAAUUUACGAAUUCCUAAUAGCUGCGCGGGAUUGGGUCGUCGGAAUUUUAAGAAAUUGCUGCUACACAUCUAGUCAUUUAUUAGCGCUUGAGCUUAAUAGCUGUAACAGCAACGAUAAUUGAAAGCAGUUUCUUAAAAUGAUAUUUCCACACCUAUAGUUCAUUAAUUAAUUAUUAAUUUUAUACAAUUUAGAGAUAAGUUAUCAAUACAUUAUACCUUUGCUUUUGGAUAAUAUUUCUUGAAAGUUAAAAAUAAAAGUAAAAUUAAUGUAAACCAGAAAGUGUCUUCUGAUAUUGUAUAUAGUAGUUUUUAUAAUACAGUUUCAUAUUUUGUAAUAAUUAAUGUUUUCGUAACCUAAUCUAACCAAAAAUAAACGUCUGAGAAAUUGGGCCUCAAAAUUAAAAAUAAUAAACGGUUUAAGUGAAAAUUACGACUAUGUAACGUCAUAAUGAAGCGACGAAAACGAAUCGAAGACAUACGAAAUUAAUUCAACCGCGACAGUUCGCGUGAACGUAAACUGACAAUAUUAUUCCGCGAGUUCCUGAACGGAAUUCUCCAAUCAAUCUCCCCGUACGAGUUCUCAAAUCAGAUAAUCUCGGAGACCGAACUGGACUGAACCACUCCUAAUGAAUCUGAUCGAUCGAACUGGGUCGUCGCGUAUGUGCGACGACACAUAUCGAAGAUGAACCCCGCGCGCCGUUAAAGCAAUUUGGCGGAUUCUAAACCACGGUAGCGGCGUCGCGAAUGGAAAGUUUGGAAUGGAAUUCACACGACCUCUCCCACGAUUCUAGGGUUCUCCGAAUUUUGGUGGCAAUUAGGACCGACGUUCAAUGGACGAUCUCCGGCCGGCGAAGUUACGAGAGGGACUGGAAAUUAGUUUUGGGCGUCGAAAUGAAAUGAUAGAAGCGAUAAAUUGUGACAUUUAUAUUCUAAUUCUAUUAUAUAAAUUGGAUACAUGCAUUUACAGCAGACACAUUGUAACUUUCACACGCGUGAACAUUGCAAUAUCGAUCAAAUCUCCUCUCGUCGCGUACUUCAAUCGUUCAACUUUUACUCAGCAAACCGCGUACGUUUGAUACGUGUUGCGUCAAAAUUUCCGGUAACCACAAUAGUUUUCGAAAUUCAAAUAAAUCCAAAAGUGGUCGUUUUGGAACCCGAGUGGAACCUUUUUAUUACUUAAAUUAUUGACGCAAUUAUGAGCUUUUUAUUGUGCCUGAUAAUAUUUUGACAUUUCAAAAAUGUUACUUUGACCUUAAUAAGCGAGAAAAAGCGACGAUAGAGAAGAGGAUUGAGAAAAGUAACAAGAUCAAAGUCGAACUACGGGAAAUUCUAUCCUAAAGCUUCCAGCGAAAAAGAUGUUGGGAGCUUUCUGGCGUAAGGUGUCCACAAAGACGACCUCAGUGCCGCACUCAUUUAUGAAACUGAGAAUACUGUCAAAGAAAUUUAUCAAAGAAGAAUUUCAUUCGUCUCACUAGAGUAGGAUCUGCAAGAUGAAUAUUUUGCCUAGAAUCCUGACAUUUUUGUCGCAUGAGAAGUCACAAGUGACACAUGUGUUAAAUGAAUCUCUGAGGAUUCCACAGAGAUUACUGGCGUCUCAUAUUGUUCCAAAUCGUAUGCUUUCGUACAGAAAUGUUAGUAUGGGAGGGAAUGAUUUUAUGACAAAUGAUGAUUUGUCACUUUUGCAACGUAAUAUUAAUAAAGGCAUAAUUACACGACUUAAACAUGGGAAAAACACGCGAUCCAGCUGUGAAACGGAAGAAGACCAAAGACGCAUCGAGGAUCACCGGCAAGACUCCUGCGAAGAACCGCGUGAAUGGCGUAGCGAUGGUUAUCAGAUAUCGAAAGAAAGUUAUCAAAAGAUUUGCGACGAUUUAUCGAGUCGGUCGAUCGAAUCCAAUUCCCCGAUCUGCUUGGACAAACCUAUGCCGUAUAAUAAUCGGCGAGAGUGCGAGUCAUCGGUAAACCAGUGUAAUGAAUCGGACCAAGCGACUGUAAUAGAAUGUGAGAGAUGGUUUUGUGGAAAACCAGCAACGAAAGGCAAAAUUUAUUACAAAUGCAAGCCAAAAUUGUGCGUUUAUUCAGUCAAAAAAGAAGCGACGUGCAAGCCACGAGAUUAUUGCGGAGAUAAGUCGAGACAAACUACAUUUUGUCCUGACUCAGAGCCUUCCCAAAAAGUUACAUCGAACGAGAAAGAAACUUGUCAUGUUGAAAUACCGAAGGAGCAAUUUGCACGAGAUACAUAUGAGUACUACAUAAAACCCGAUCCUCCACCACCGAAAUGUCUACACUGGAGUGAAGAGCUACCGUCUCAUUACUCGAAGAAAACGACUCGUUCGACCUCUGUUAAAUCCUCACCAAUGAUUCCUGAGAAAGGACCACCGAAAUAUCGGGCGAAAGUCACUGCGUCAUCUGCACAGAAUAUUCAUGAGGAUUUCAGCAGGAGUCCGAAUGAAAAUGAGCGCGGCAAAACCGAUACGAAAAAGGCCCCGUAUUUGCACAAGAAGGCGUCAAAAAAAUGUAAGCCUCGUUGUGUGAUUUCUUUCGAGGACAAGUGUGCUGAUUCUUUGACACUUCCUGUGCCAGUUGGCAGAACGACGGAAUCUAAUAUUCAACAAUUUCCCAAGCUGACAAGGGACGGCCGUUGUUGCGUGAAGAAGCCCGAGAGGAAAUCUGUCACGUCGGAUAUCGGCGACUGCAAUCCUAACAUGGCGAGUUUCAAGCAUCGAUUGAGUAAGUGUCCUGGCAUUAAGAAAAUGUCGGGUACCGAUGUCAAACACGAGCCACCUGUUGACGUUAGUGUGCAGCAAAAGCAAGGAGCUCUUUUGGCCCACUGUAAGAAGACGAAGAGAUCAGAGUCGCGGCAAGAAACCGCAAAAAGAAAAAGAAGGAAGUUCAAGUCACGAGCACCAGUGUCCAGCGGCUGGAAGCGACAGAGAUACAAGAUUCGUCUGAAGAUUUUCCAAAAGGGGGACGGACGUCUCGAUCCUUGCCUUCCGCGAAUCGCCGAAGUGAGACAGCCGCGCGGCGAGAAAAUGCAGCCGGAGCUAUUAAAGUCCGCCGCGGACAAAGGCGAAUUUUCUUCGCAAUCGAGGCGCUCGUGCCCGCAUUAUUCGCCAUCCAAGAUGCCAAUUGUCGAGACGAAGAGCUACCCGACGAAAAUGGAUGAGAGCAGGGUGAUUCGCGAUCAAUAUCUGGAAAAACACCCUUGCAAAAAGCGUCGCUGAGCUUUCGGAAACUACUCUGCGAUGUGUAAUAUUUGGAAUAUUUCACGUUCAGUCAACAUUUACUUUAGGAAUGUUCAAAAUUCGCACUUAUUUAUUAUUAUAUACUUUCGGUAUAAAUAUGUACGUUUAUACAGAAAACAGACGUAAA